AUGUUCUACCUAGGAUAUUGGCCGGGGGAUCUUCUACCUUAUUUCAAUGAAGGAGCAAAGGAAGUUCGGUACGGUGGAUUCACGGUUACACAAACUGAAAACUUGCAUUCAUACGAGAUUGUUAGUCCGCCGAUGGGAAACGGAAAUAAACCACUAGACGAUGAAGUGAAUCUAAAACAUACUUGUUACAUGCAUUUUAUAAAAUAUGUGACGCAUGAUUAUCGAAGUGUCGACAUUGAUUCCAACAAAAUUAGUGAGGAUGCCGACUACGUGAAAUGUUACGAUUUGAAUUAUCUUAAUAAUUUUGGAUCUCGUCAUCGGCAAACUUUCACAUUCGGUGGAUCCGGUGGUUUCUGUGAUGUGUGA